AUGGAUAUGGAUACUAAAUUAGAAGAUCUUCCGAAUGAAAUUCUUAUUAAUAUAUUAGAAUAUAUAGGUUCGCCUGUUGAUUUAUAUAAUAGUUUUAACAAAAUGAAUCGUCGAUUUGAUAUUAUUCUUCGAUCUAUUUGUUUAAGUCUCGAUAUAUUUUUGGAAGAUAAGCAAUCUUUAACAAUUAUUCGUUAUUUUUCAGCAUAUUGUAAUCGUUUACGUGUGUAUAAUGUUUGUCCAUUGAUUUCACUUGAACAAUUCUUACAUUUACGUUCAUUAACUCUGAUUGAACCGACUGAUGCCCAAAUUAAUUCAAUUCAAUCAACAACAUUACCAAUGCUUGAAUAUCUUGCUAGUCCAGCUAGUAUGAUGAUUUUUGAUUGUCUAUUUGGUAAUAAUCAACAACAAUGGUCAUUUCUUCGUUCAUGUAAUUUUUAUUUUUCUCAUUUUCCAAAAACAAAAUUAAGUUGGCAAUCCAAUCGUGUACUUUGUACUCUUUCGGGUAUUAUUUGUUCUCGAAUGACACUAAGUCAACUUCUUUCACUUCUUCCAUGUCUUAAACAUUUACGAGUUGAUAUGAUUUCUAAUGAUUCAUCAAAUUGGAAUUUAGAAAUAUUUCAAAACACACUUUUAUCAUUACGAAUUGGUUUUGAUGAAUUGAAUUAUGAUGAUCUUCGUAUAUUGAUUACUCCACAUUUACAUCGAUUACACAUAGAAAUAUAUCAUGAAGUAGCUUAUAUCAAUUUUUCCUAUUUAGGUACUUUGAUUAUGUCUUUAACAACCAAGUUAAAACAAUUCAAUUGUGAUUAUCGAGCAUCGGAAAUAUCUAUGAAUGAAAUUAAAACUUCUCAUACAUUAUUUCGAAACAUACAAUCAAUCAAAUCAAAUUCAUAUGAUACUAUUAGUUUAAUAUGUCGAGAUAUGAUAUAA